CACAUAUCCAAAAAUGGCUUCUCCACAAAUACUUUUUUCUGUUUUUAUUAUGUUUCUUUAUGUUUUUGGAACCUUUGUUUCUGGUCAAUUCACCAAAUUUAACAAGUUAGUAUUGCCUUUAGAAGUCACUGGUCCUGAAUCAGCUGCAUUUGGUGGACUUCUAGUCAACGGACCCUUUACAACAGUGACCGAUGGUAGGAUUAUGAAAUGGAAAGGAUCUAAAAUCGGUUUUGUGGAUUUUGCAUAUACAUCACCACAAAGGACAAAAGAGCUAUGUGAUGGUACAACAAAUUCUGAUAUGGGACCGAUAUGCGGACGACCACUUGCCCUUAGCUUUCACCCCAUAACUGGCCUUCUAUACAUAGCCGAUGCAUAUUUUGGACUUCUAGUUGUGGGCCCCGGUGGUGGGCUUGCAACUCAACUAGCUGGAGGGUUCAAGUUUCUUAGUGGCAUUGAUGUUGACUUGUUAACUGGCAAUAUUUAUUUUAGCGAUGUUAGUUUGACUUAUACUAUCAGAGAUACUACACAACCAGGAUUUAAGCCUGAUUCAACCGGGAGGUUCAUGCGUUACAACCCAUUUACCAGACAGGUGUCGGUUUUGUUGAGCGGUCUCAAUGGUGGUGGUGGACCUGCCGUCAGCAGCGAUGGGACAUUUGUUCUUGUACCUGAGCUUACAGGCAGUCGGAUUUCAAAAUAUUGGCUUGUGGGGCCCAAAGCAAAUACAGCGGAAUUUUUGCUAAAUAUUGCGAAUCCGAAUAAAAUAAAGCGCGCGGGAAGAUCAGGAGAGUUUUGGGUGGCGGUUUCAGUUGGAUUCAUUCCACCGGCACCUCUUAUUACACCGAAAGGGGUGCGGAUAAAUUCAAAUGGGGUCGUGGUGCAAACAGUUGAAUUUGAUAAAGAGUUUGCUAACAAGACGAUUAGUUUGGUUCAAGAACAAAAUGGAAAAGUGUAUGUGGGGUCUCGUUUCACUAAUUUCAUUGGUGUCUACUCUAAUUAGACAUAUGUGUGUUUGUGUUUGUGUUGUACUAUGAAAUAAAAGGUGAACAAUGUUAAAAUAAGAGGGUAACUUAAUGUAAUGGU